AAAUGGUGUCCAACUAAUAAUUUCUUGUGUUCAUAAUCACAUUUGUUCUACCAUGUAACACUUUUGUUUAGAAUUAGGGUUUUGUAUGGAGCAAAUGUGUUGCAAAAUGAAAAACUUGUUUUAAUUUCUUGAAUAGUACUCCAUACGUUCAUAUUAGUUGUUCACUUUCAUGUUUACAUGUUAAUCUAUAGAGAGCCCUUAAUUCCACUUUCCCCCAACUAAUAUGGGAUGUCUGAAGUAGUACAAAAAGCUAUUAAGCCCUUAAUUCAAUGUCUAAAUAGUAUUGUUUAUAUAAUUAUAUUCUAUCUAAUUAUCCUUAAAGAAUUGUCAAAAUGAAUUUCUGUUUCCACUUAUAUUUGCUAAGUCUUUUUCCACUUUCCAAAUAUGGAAGGUUGGAACUUAGAAGAAGGAAAAAGACAUCCACUUGUUGUACUAAUGGCCAAUUAAAUAAAAUGGAGCAAAUGAAUAGAAAUGAGAAGACUUUUGCUAUUUUAAUCCUUGUUAUCACUAAAACCCUUGAGAGGUACCAACGUUGUUGCCUUAAUCCUCAAGACAAUUGUGGUGAAAGAGAAACACAGAGCUGGUACCAAGAGGUCUCUAAAUUAAAGGCCAAGUUUGAAGCACUUCAACGAACUCAAAGGCACUUGCUUGGUGAAGAUCUUGGAGCACUAAGUGUGAAGGAGUUGCAAAAUCUUGAAAAACAACUUGAAGGUGCACUUGCACAAGCUAGACAAAGAAAGACACAAAUAAUGAUGGAACAGAUGGAGGAGCUUCGUAGAAAGGAGCGUCAUCUUGGUGAUGUGAACAAGCAGUUGAAGAUUAAGGUUUCUCUUGAACUAUCAUCGUUUGAGGGUGAAGGACAAGGUGUUCCUUUUCCAUGGAGUAAUUGUAAUGCAUCUUUAGAUGAAGCAGGAAGCAGCACCUUUCAUGUCCACCAUUCUCAAUCAAAUCACAUGGACUGUGAUUUACCUGAUCCAGUUCUUCAAAUAGGGUAUCAUCAGUAUAUGGCUGCAGAUGGAGCCUCAGGGUCAAGGAACAUGGCUGUUGAGAGUAACAUUAUCCAUGGUUGGGGUCUUUAAUUUCUAAUUCUAAUUAUGGAUUAUACUAGUACAAGUUUUUUGCUUUUAAGUUUUUCAGAUUAAAAAACUCAAGUGACAUAUAAUUAUGAUUUGAAAUGCAUGUUAUAUAGUAAUGUAUAAUUUUAGCAAGUGUCA